AUGGGGGGUAAUUUACAGCUGAAGAAGAAAAAUGCCAGCUCGGAUAUUGUGUCCCACGAUCCUCCCAGCGGCAAAGUGAGGUACUCCCGGUUCGCCACGGAUGAUGACGGCUACAUUGAUUUACAGUUCAAAAGGAGCCCACCCAAGGUCCCGUACAAAGCAAUCGCCCUCGCCUCGGUGCUCUUUCUCAUCGGCUCCAUCUUAAUCGUCAUCGGCUCUCUUCUGUUGGCUGGAUACUUUGGAGUUACCAAUUCUGACCGAACAGUGCCUGUCCUGAUCAUCGGCAUCAUCGUCUUCCUGCCUGGUAUUUACCACUUACGGAUAGCUUACUACGCAUCAAAGGGCUAUCCAGGGUACUCCUAUGAUGACAUCCCUGACUUUGAUGACUGAAACGCACCAAAGCUUUAGCUGCAGCCUUGUUGCCCUCGCAUGCACUCAUGUAUCGCUUGUACUGAAUUUAUAAUAGCUAAAAACAGCCUAAGGAUGAAUAAUUUUUGUAAAUCGGUGUUCUUUGUGUAGGUGUUAUGUCUAGUUAGUAUGUGGACGUCUUUGUCUAUCUUAAUAAAUUAUUAAAACAAUCCUUUA